UGAAUUUACACAACAAAUAGCUUGGACAUGGGUUGAGAAGUAUUACACAUACUUUGUCACACUAGUGAUGCAAUGUCUUCAUGACAGUCAUUAUGUGAUUCGUUUUUUUUUACGGAGUACGUUUUUGUUUCCAUCAGAAUGCUUCUUGUUUUAGAGACACCAGUCAUAUGGUAUUAGUGAGUCGAUCAACCCACCAUUAGUGUCUCCAUGGCUCACCAGCACAGAACAACUCUAACAGACUUUGUGUUCAUCUGUGUUCUCCUUGUGAUCAAGUUGGAGACGGUACAAGCUGCACCCCACUCUGGAAACAUGGACAAGUGUCAGAAGGCUUUAGACAAGAUCGUAGAGCUUUUCAACCUGUUGGAUCACGAAGCUGGCAUCCUCCUGACUACUUACAUCAAAACAAAUGGCUUCCCAACCGAUCAGCAGGCCCCAGUCGUGGAUGGGGUCCCACCGACAACCAUCACUGGCUCCACCCAUAAGGUGAAGCUACAGAACAUCCACAACAGAGCCAUGCUCUUCUACUGGCACAUAGACACAGUAAUCAAAUACAUGACUGACCUGUUGGAGCCCUCAGAUAAUGAGACUCAGAUACUCCUGCGGCUCCUGAGGGAUUCCAUGAACCGUCUCCAGAACCUCUUUGGCCGCGUAGAGAAGCUCUUGCAGAUCCUGGACUCAAAUACCACUACUGUGUCCACCAAGGUGGCCCAAGACGUGUCCCGUGAUGAGUAUGAGAAGAAGAUCUAUGGCUGGGCAGUGCUAGACCGGCAUAAGGAUUUUCUGGCCAUGGUGCUGGAAGUUGCUGGCUUUAAGGCUAAUACUGUAUGUGAGGGUUAGAGAGAGUGAUUGUUUGUCACUUAAGGGUGAUUUUAGGAUAUUUAUUCAGGAAUUUCAUGUAAAUCAACAAUAAGGGGACACAGGCCCGUCGCCAGUAAUGUGAAUGUGAAAGAAGUUUGUGGUUUGAUUACUGCACAGUAUAUAUUUACAUCUAUUUAUUUUAGUUUGUUUUCAGUUCAGGUUCUAAUUUAUUUUCGAAACAGAACAAGGACCGCAAGGAACACUAUCAAAUUUGUUAUUCACUUUUAAGUUCUUCAAUUCACUCUUGUCAUGGAGAGGAACAUGGACAUUUUCAUCCCGGUCUUUUCUGUCCCUACUAGCCUAAAUUAGGCUAGGUUGAGGGUGCAUCUCCCUCUGACUCAAAUGGUGUUUCAUAGAGGUUUGAGGGCUGUGGUUGGUGAGUGGGGUAGAAGAACAGGAAGUAGUACUAUGACGUACAGGAAGGUCAGAAGGCCCCAGAGAUUGAGAGCCUGUGUCCCAAAUUACACCCUAUUCCCUAUUUAGUGAACUGCUUAUGAGCAGAGCCCAAGUAGUUCACUAAAUAGGGAAUAGGGUGCCAUUUGGAAAGCUGCCACUGACUCCCCUAUCAUUCACAUCUCAUGACGUCCUCCUUGCAUCCUCAGAACACACAGAUAACAGGUUGGCAUCUUUGUUCCAUUCUGAUACUGUAUACGAAAGUGUUAGUAAUGCCAUAUGUUCAAUGUAUACUAAAAACCUAUUCAUUCAUGUACUGUAAGUUAUUUUGUAUAAACGUAUCUGCUAUUUGUUUGUGUUUAAACUUGGAACUUUUGGUCUCAGCUAUAUCAAGUUAAGUCUUGGUGGCCAUUUUUUGAAAACUGCACAUUCUGUCAAUGUGCAAUUUGUAAUUAUUUAUUUUUUGUUAUGAGAUUGAUAUGAACAGAGAAGUCAUGACCAUAGGGGGCACAAGUGCACGUGCCCUCUUAGAUUCGUCCUGUUUAAAAUGAUGUAUUUCUUUUAAUAAAAAAUAAAAAGUUGUUUCUCUGUAAUACUACACUGAACAAAAAUAAAC